AUGUCUCCUAAACCUCUCAUCACCCAACUCUACUCGGCAGACCCUUCUGCGCAUGUCUUCAACAACAAGAUCUACAUCUACCCUUCCCAUGACCGCGAAACAGAUAUCGAAUUCAACGAUAAUGGUGACCAAUAUGACAUGGUCGACUACCAUGUAUUUUCAAUGGACUCAGCAGACGGCCCAGUCACGGAUCAUGGAGUUGUCCUCUCAGUAGAGGAUGUUCCGUGGGUCUCGAAACAGAUGUGGGCCCCAGACGCUGCUGAGAAAAACGGCAAAUACUACCUAUACUUCCCUGCCCGCGACAAGUCAGGCAUUUUUCGUAUCGGCGUUGCAGUCGCAAAUGCGCCAGAGGGUCCAUUUGUUCCCGAGGAAUCAUAUAUCCCAGGGAGUUAUAGCAUCGAUCCCGCGUCUUUUGUUGACGAGGAUGGGAAGGCAUAUCUGUACUUCGGAGGAAUCUGGGGUGGUCAGCUGCAGUGCUGGUCAAAGGGCAAUGGAGAGAGUAGUCCCCACGAUGUGAAUGGACUGGUCUUUGAUGCUUCAAAGUCUGGUCCACAGGAGCCAUCUGGCGAUGGUGUUCCUGCUCUUUCUCCUCGUGUGGCCCAGUUAUCAGAUGAUAUGCUCUCAUUCUCAGCACCGCCGCACGAUCUUCAGAUCCUAGCUCCUGAGUCUGGCGAGCCCAUUGCAGCGGAUGAUCAUGAGAGGCGAUUCUUUGAAGCUGCUUGGAUGCAUCGCUACAAUGGGACGUACUAUUUCUCUUACUCUACUGGUGAUACUCAUUACCUGGCGUAUGCUACUGGUUCCUCGCCCUUGGGUCCAUUCACCUAUCAGGGACGGAUUCUGGAGCCUGUGUUGGGCUGGACCACUCAUCAUUCUAUUGUUGAGUUUCAAGGAAAGUGGUUUUUGUUUUAUCACGAUUGUGAGUUAUCUGAUGGGGUUGAUCAUCUGAGAUCUGUCAAAAUGAGGGAAAUCGUGUAUGAUGAAGAGGGCAGAAUUCAUUUGGCUUGA